UGUCCAUGAAUGAUCCCCAGCCAUGAUGGCCGACCAGCCGCCUCCUUUGGAAGCGACGCCGCUGCUGAACGAAGUGCCACUGCUACCUCACAUGGUUAAUGGGGACAGCAUCCAGCAGGUUAUUCUUGUGCAGGUAAACCCAGGUGAAACCUUUACAAUUACAACUGAAGAUGGGCAUGUUCAGUGUAUUCAAGGUCCAGCACACGUUCCUAUGAUGUCACCAAAUGGAUCUAUGCCUCCCAUUUUUGUGCCUCCCGGUUAUGUAUCUCAGGUGGUCGAAGAAAACGGCGUUCGUAAAGUGGUGGUAUUGCCGCACUCGGCUGAAUUCCACCCUUCCAUGCAUCCUCCUCCUCCUCCUCCCCAUGUGCCGCAUUACAUGCAUCACCACCACGCUCUGCUCCCCCACCCUCCUCACCCCGUGUACCCACCGGUGCCCGGCACCGGAGAGCUGCCACCGCAGUUCCUGCACCAGCACCCGCCGCCGCACGUCUUUCCAGAGCAAGAACCUCGUUCUCAUGGAAGGACAAACUUUAUUCAGCGAGAUGAAAGGAGUCUUAAAAUGCAAGAACAUCUGAAGAAAAGACUAAAAGACAGACAAGCGAGUGGUCAUACUAACAAUAAACUUAACAGUCCUCCUUCUUCACCGCAUAAAAUUAAUAAUUCUUCCAGUGCGACUCUUCAGAAUGGAAAUGGGAAGGGACAGCAAGUGGCAGGAGGUCCGCUAAAACAGAAACAAAUAGGAAAAACAAAGGGCAGUCCAGAUGCUGAGAUAGGAGAAUCUGACACAGAAUCCAAGAAAUAUGAUAUCCACUUGAGCAUUGGCAAGCCAGUAGUUUCUGAUAUACAAGCAAGAUCAGCCGUUCUGUCCUGGAAUCUCCCAGUUAGUUCACAGAAUGGAGAGAGCCAUAGUCAUAGUCCAGCAGCAUUUACAUUUGAAGUAGCAAUAUCCAACAGUGGUAAAAAUGGAAAAUUUAAAUCUGUCUAUGUUGGGGAAGAAUUAACAAUUAAACUUCCUGAUCUCAGACCAGCAACUGAUUACCAUGCCAGAGUUUCAGCAACCAGCAGUUCCAUAAAAGAAUCUGUUUCGGAGUUGGUGAGUUUCACUACGGAGAGCUGUGAGCCGGAGCCUCCUGCUGCACCCAAGCUGGUUAACAGAACCAAGAACAGCCUGAGCCUGCAGUGGAAGUCUUCAAAUGACAAUGGUUCCAAAAUAACUAAUUUUCUUUUAGAAUGGGAUGAGGGGAAGAAUGGACCUUUCAAAGAAUGUUUCUAUGGACAUCUGAAGCAGUAUAAACUUACCAAACUGUCUCCUUCUACAAAAUACUCACUCAGAUUAGCUGCUAAAAAUGAUAUUGGAAUGAGGUAAUGACCCCAAUAUAUCAUGUGAUUUAUUUUCUCAACAAUAUACAGUUGCUGAGGAAUUGUCCCACCCGCCCCAUCACCCCCCCAGCUCCUUGAAGCAGGAGUGACCUGGCUGGCAUUAAAAUGGAGCCCACCUAACGGGGUGUCUUCAGAUGACUCUCUGACCUACACUCUGGACGUGGAAGAAGAAGGUUCUGGGUAUGGUUUCCAACCGCAAUACAAUGGGGAUGAACUCUCAUGCACUUUAAGAAAUCUUAGGAGGAGUACUUCCUAUAAGUUUAGGCUCUUUGCCUACAACAGUGAAGGAAAAAGCAUUGCUAGUGAGGUGGUAGAGCACAGCACCAAUCCUGACAAGCCAGGGCCUCCAAGUAAACCCACAGUGAAGGGAAAGAUCCAUUCGCACAGUGUGAAAGUUGCAUGGGAACCACCCAAGGAUAAUGGAGGAUCAGACAUUUCUAAGUACUUUUUAGAAAUUUCAGAAACUUUAAUUGGAAGUAAAUGGGAAGUCAUAUACAGUGGUCCCCAGAGAGAACAUGUAUGUGACCAUCUCAAGCCUGGUACUUCAUACAGAAUGAGAGUUUACUGCAUCAGUAAAGGUGGUGAAAGCCAGGUUUCUGAUGUUCUGGCUGUUACAACAUCAGCUGUUCCUCCUGGACCAUGUCAUGCUCCAUGCCUGGCAGGCAAAGCUAAGCCCAAGGAAAUCACUUUACAGUGGGGCCCUCCUUCCAUAGAUGGAGGCUCAGAAGUAACAGAAUAUAUUAUAGAAAUGGCAAACGCUGAACAAGAGGAACGCAGACAAGUGUAUCAGGGUCCAGCACUGGAAUAUGCAGUAACCAACUUACUUCCUGGGAGAACAUACUCCUUCUGGAUACGAGCAGCAAAUAAAGUUGGGUUUGGUCCUCACUCUGACAAAGCAGAGAUCUCUACUGCUCCAGGUCCCCCUGAUCAAUGUUGCAAACCCCUGAUAACUUGUAAGAGUGCAACUUGUGUUCUAGUUUCAUGGGAGAGUCCUGCAUGCAAUGGUGCAGAAGUCAGUGAGUACAGACUGGAGUGGGGACAGGUGGAAGGAUCCAUGCAUAUCAUUUACACUGGUCCUUGCCUGAGCUAUGAAGUAAAAGGUCUCACACCUGCAACAACAUAUUAUUGCAGAGUACAGGCUGUGAAUAUUGCUGGCGUUGGGUUGUUUGGCGAGAUUGGUGUGGUGGCAACCCCUGCAUCAGUGCCUGCAGCAGUAGCAGUACUGGAUUUACUUGAAGAAGAUCAAAUGGAAAUUUCUCUUCCUUUAUCAACGUGCCUUGCAAUUCAAUGGGAAGAACCGUGUUGUCACGGAUCAGAGAUCACUGGAUAUAAUAUAGAAUAUGGGGAAAAACAGCUUGUAACUAUUGGUAGAAAUACAAGCCAUGUUCUUGAGAAUCUCCUGCCUGACACUCUGUACAGAGUUAGAAUACAGGCCAUAAACAGCUUUGGAGUUGGUCCUUUCAGUCAUUCCAUUAAAGCCAAAACAAAACCACUACCUCCUGACCCUCCUCAUCUUGAAUGUGUGGUCUUCAGCUACCAGAGCCUUAAACUUAAAUGGGGUGAAGGUCCUAGCAGAGCUUUAAUCACCAACCCUACGCAAUUCAAUUUGCAGAUGGAGGACAGGUUUGGCAGAUUUGUUACUGUUUAUAGUGGCCCUUGUCAUACAUACAAGGUACAGCGACUCAGUGAAUCCACUACAUACUAUUUUAAAAUCCAAGCAUAUAAUGAUGCUGGAGAAGGAGAGUUUUCUGAAGUUUACGCUUUUACUACAACUAAAUCUCCACCAGCAUCUCUUAAAGCACCCAAAGCAAAUCAGGUGGAAGAGAACACUUAUGAAAUCACCUGGGAACCUUUACAGCCGAUGAAAGGAGAUUCCAUUGUUUACAUCCUUCAGCUUGCUACCGGGAGAGAGUUUGAUCAGGUGUACAAGGGGCCGGAGACGUCCUUCCGUCUCACAAGCUUGCAGACAAACUGUGAAUAUCGGAUCCGAGUCUGCGCUGGCCGCCAGUCCCAAGACUCUACCGGAUCACAAGAACUGUAUGGACCUUACAGUCCCAGUACAGUAUUCUCAUCUCAGAAACAAGAGCUGGUUCCACAAUGUGCUGACAUGACAACAGAAUUGGCAGAGACGAAGAAGACGCUGCGUGAGGAGCGCUUCAUCGCCAUCGUUCUCCUCUGCGGCUUUGCAGUGGUCGCUAUUUUAUUUGCUGUUGUUAUUCAGUACUUUGUGAUCAAGUAGACGAGAGCCUAUUCAGUACUCAGCUUUUUGUACAGAAGCUAUUUCGGGUAUUUAUGGUUAGUUCUAAUUAAAAUCUUAGCUGGAAAUGUAUACCUAUGUGCAUUUCCACUCUUGCUGCUGGCUAACAGCGAGGCUGGGUUGGCAGAUCCUUUCCAAAUACUGAACACAGAUUUCUUGUAGAAAGGGUAAUCCUGGGUCCUCUGUAAUCAGGGUUAGCUGUUAGUAAAACAGCAAAAAACUGCCUUAUCCUGCACACGAGUGUGUGUGCACACUCCUCCCCUCUCUGCAUUCAAAGAGGGGCCCUUUGGCCAGUCGGGGAGAGAGGCAUUACUAGAACGAGUCCUUUCAAAGUCCAACUAGAGCAGUGGUAGAUCAGCAACGUCUAAUCAGGUAUCGUAGUUUGGUAUACACAAAAUACAGCAGCACAAAUGCUUAAGCUUAGAGCAGUACUGUAUUGCAAACAUUACUAGAGCAUACCACAUUUAAUAUACUGUAGAAGGAAAGCAGAAUAUUGACUUUGACUUAGUGAUAUUACUACUUUUCAGUUAUUUUAAUAUUUGGGGUUCAGUAAUAAUCAUUUCAAGUGUUAAAGUAGAGGGUGCCAGCAUUUUUAGAAUUUUAAUUAAAAUGCUAGACAAAAUGUUAGCAGGAUGGUAAUGUACAUACAGUGAUUGCAUUUGUAUGUAACAUUGCAAAAAAAGGCCCCUUUUGUAUUGUACAUUUCUGAAUGAAAUGCUUUCUGCUGUUGGUGAGCAGCUGUUGGCCCAAUCCACAUUUCACUCUCAGUGCCUGAGAGCAAAGUAAUUUCCUGUGCUUCUGAUUCAGUCUUUGCAAUGUUUUCAGAAAAGCACAGGUAUUGUCUUUAAGGAGAAAGAGUGCAUUUAUGAUAAAUGUUACACUAUUUGGCUCAAACUGAGCAAAUGUUUUUGUACUAUUAUUAACCUAAAAAAUAAAAAAGUUGAAACUGCUUUUGGAUACCCUUCUAACUUAAUCUGAAUUAUCAAAUUGUACAUGAAAGAAGUCUUUUUAGAUGACAUGUAUACAAUGUUUUAAACAAGUUGCUAUCCCAGAGGUAGCAGUUUCACAUUCCAUUGUUUUCUAGAUGAGACUGUUUAGUCUGCUAUGAACUUUUCUGAAACUGGUCAUAUUUGUCUAGGGGUUAUUUUUGUGGACACUGUGCACUACGUAUGACUGUUCGUGUUAAAUUUAUCUACAAAUAUAUAAACAUGAGUCUGACAUCUGUCUUUAUAUCAAAUAUUUUAAAAGCUGGAACUCACAAAUUUAGAACAUAUUUCAGAAUGGGUCUUCCUAAUAGCAUUGGCAUAUGCCAUAGAAAGUUAGAUUUAGCAUAUUUUGCAAAGACUACAGCUACACUUUAUAUACAUCAGAACAAUGCACUUGUACGUGGAAUGUUGGAUGUGAUAGUGCUACAGGCUAAGUAUUUCAAAAAAGUAAUCACUUCAAGGGUCUUUCUCCUCUGGCAGUUGAUGAAUAAUGUUGCGUUAGAGUUUGAGGCAUUGUGUUGUAUUUCAGAUGUGGGAACCUAAAUUAUGACAUAGUAUCGCUUAAUACUCUUAAAGUAGAUUUAUGGUGCAAUCUGAAAUUAAUCUUUUCAAAAUGUACUCUUCAUUUUGUACUCUAUUUAUUUUGAUUAAAAGUCCUGGAAAA